GUCGACAUUGAAUCCAUUGUCGAUCAAUUCAAUCUCAAUACUGAGCAAGCCCGAGCUUUUCGCCUUGUAGCAUCGCAUAGUUUGGCCUCCAAACCUGACCCGUUGAGAAUGUUUCUGAGUGGUGCAGGAGGAACAGGAAAAUCCACUGUCAUUAACGCGAUAUGGACUUACUUUAAUCAACGAGGCCAAGAUCGUCGUUUCCGCUUGACUUCAUACACCAGAAUUGCAGCACGCAAUAUCUCGGGCAUGACCAUUCAUUCCGCCCUAAUGCUCAAUCAGAGAAAUAAGCGUGGAGCAUCAACAAAAACGAACUGUGACCUCAUAGCCAUGUGGCAGGGAGUGGAUUAUCUUUUCAUUGAUGAGAUCUCAAUGGUGGGUUGUAAAACCUUGAUGGAAAUUUCUAACGCACUUUGC